AUGUCAUCAAAGAGAGACGACAUCCUCAUGAGCUGGGCCACGCCGCGGACAGCGAUGUUAAAAACAUCAGACAAGCUGCUUCCUGAGAAGGAGCAGCAGCAGCCGUCUUGUGAAGCAGAGAAUGAAAAGUCAGCUGAGCAGCACGGCGCUGUGACAAAGAGCGCUCCUGUGGUGUCUGACACAGCUGCUGACAACACUGAGGCUCUGCUCACUUCUCAGGACUCUGAGACACUUUUUAACAUCCUCAGACUGCCUGGGACUCUCCACAAGCUUCUCUCAGAGGAUAAACGAGUCGUAGAGCUCCCCUCCACUGAUGAACUACUGCUUUCUCUGAACCAAUCAGAGAUGCUCCCUGACAAUGAGCCAGAAAACGAGACGACUCCACACGCACACAGCACAGAGCUCAUUCCCUAUCAAAUGUCUUCAAAUAGUUUUCAGAUGAAGAGAAAACUGAAUGAGUCUGUUUGGUCUGUGGAGUCUCUCCCCUCUUUUAUCCCCAAUAAGGAGUGGCUGCAGCAGAACGGACUCUUUGAGCCUGAUGUCAUCGUGGAGAUGAUGGAGCAGGAGGACGACGGUGGACCUUUAACCCAAAAUGAACACUUAAGAAGUCAUAAAGAGAGGAGGCGGAGCCGCAGGUUUUCCUCCUCUGACUCUGUUCUCAUGUCAGACAGCUGGCUGCUUUUCAGCACUCCGGCUGAGAAGCUCAGUCAGUCAAAGAAGACAGAAACAGAGGGGGGAAUGGAUUCCCCUGAAGGGAGGGAACAGAAACGAGACCAGAGCACGACUCCUUCAGAAAAAGUUCCCUCAGCUUCCCCGCCUCGAUGGCAGAGUGCAGUAAAUGUCUCUUCCCCCCCUGAAGACAAUGCAGAUGAAAACAGGUCUUCUGAACCUGAGGCCAAUCAAAGCCCAAACCAGGAAUGUUUUCUUGUCACCGAGCAGACGGAGAGAAGCCCCCGCUCCCGUGAGCAGGAGAAACCUCUGCCCUCAAACUCUGCAGAAGAGGAGAAAACGCUGUGUCAGCUGAUUCCUCAACAUGGAGCAGACGUGGAGGUAGAAGAGAGAGCGUGUGUGAACGCUGAAGAGAGCGAGCGGAGAAACCAGCAGCUGUGUGUCCCUGAGGUCGAGCACACCACGGCUGCUGUGUCUCCGUCAAAGGGACAUCUAGUGGACUGUGGCGUCCAGUGUUCUGAACUGACAGACAGGAAGUGUCCGUGUGAAUCACAGAGCAGCACUGAACCAAACAAGAGACCUCAUUUUAAUGAUUCAGAUGUGAAAAAGAUGAACAACAACAAGACUGAAGGAUACAGUGUGACCGGACAGAUGUCAAAGAACCAGAGAAGAAACGCUCACUGGAGGAACAGAGGACAAGGUGGAAAUGGAAGAACUCGGUACUGA